AUGUCUCUCGCUAUUGUCGCGAUGUAUUGUCGGAGUACAAUAAGCGGCUACGAAAGUAACUCUCUAGGCUGUUUGAAGUUGAUCAAGGCACUCUAUGAGCAUCCCGCUGCUGCCAUUGGAGAUGUCGUACAACCACAAGGUACGUCCGGUGCCACUCUAUUACCGCAGAACAAAGUCCCUUCACUCAAGGAGUGCCUAGUAGACAUAUUAGAGGAUUGUAUAACGCCUGAUGUAGCACAGAACAUCUACCUGUCUAUAUGCUGGUGGAGAGACUCCCAAGCUUUUGGAGAGGACACCCCUCUCAUUGAGGCAGCGAUACAUACGAUGAACGCACUCAGAAGAUGUGCUCCAUCAGCUGCGUUGGUGUCGGACUCCUGCGCUCUUGAGUCGGCGAUAGAUCUGGUUCUCUCGGAUGGUUCAGCAGCAGGAGUGCCUCCUGUGGCUGAGCUACGGAAGGCCGAUAGUGAUAUGGACUCUCUGAUGACAGCUUUGGAGACUUUCGUGAGGAGCGGGUCAACACCAGAGCAAAUUGUUGAGGGCAUAAAUGCUGAGCAACUCGAGAAGCUAUGUAGAGCCCAUAUGAGCAUCACCGAGCUGCUUGUCGCUCUAGAUGCGCGGCAUAAGGCUUUGAUGGACAAGUGCCGAGCAUUGAACUUAGAGAUCAACUUUGUGGACAAGUUCUUGCAUAUGAAGGUAGAAGAUGUGUCGUCUUCAUCAAAUUCAGAAGGCACUACGGCUGAUUCUUGA